CAGUACUGGCUUUAUUGGUUGUGCAUGAAAAAUGUAAUAGUGUUGUGCCUUAUCUGUGAGAGUGAGUGAUGGGUGAAAAAAAUAGUCCCAUUGACCAUCAUUAUCAUUGUGUGGAAGUGACACGUGUGCAUACUGAUGAUAAAAGCAAUCUUAUCAUAUCCUUAACUAUCUAAAACUGACUAGAAACAUUCAUAAAAUUCAAGAUUCUUGUUUUUUCCCUUUCAGUUUUGAUAAUGUUUCAGCUUAAAAAGUAGAAAAAGACAAGAUUUUUUACUAAGAGUAUGUGUCAAAGUAAACUUCUGUUGUGUUGACAAGAUAGGGUUGCUCGGAUGGUAAGCAUCCUUCACCUUCAAUUUUGAGAUCGUGAGUUCGAGCCAUCAAGGGAGCAUAGAGGUGGAAGCUCCAGUGUUUCAACUGUUUCAGUUGAAAUAUUUUCAACCGAGAAAGUAGAAAAAAAAACCACAUUUUUUGUGAUAAUGGGGCUGUGUGUAAAGUUAACUGCUGCAGUGUUUCAGCUAGCCAAGAUUCUUGAUUUUAAGAAGGAUGUUAUAUUAAAUGAGGAAAGACAGAAAAAGGGGAGUUUGGUUUUUGCAGUAAAUGGAGAGAGGUUUGAGUUGCCAAGUGUUGAUCCUUCUACAACUUUGCUUGAGUUCUUGCGCUCUGAGACUUGUUACAAGAGUCCAAAACUUGGUUGUGGUGAAGGUGGUUGUGGUGCUUGUGUUGUUCUGGUUUCAAAGUAUGAUCCGAAGCUCAAAAAGGUCGAAGAGUUUAGUGUGAGUUCUUGUCUUACACUUCUCUGCAGUUUAAAUAGUUGUUCAAUUACUACAAGUGAAGGCCUUGGGAACAGCAGAGACGGUUUUCACUCUAUUCAUGAAAGGUUUGCCGGUUUCCACGCUUCUCAAUGCGGCUUUUGCAGUCCUGGCAUGUGUAUGUCAUUCUUCUCAGCUCUCGUCAAUGCCGAUAAAGGAAACAAGCCCGAUCCUCCACCAGGAUUCUCUAAGCUUACUUCAUCUGAAACUGAAAAGGCCAUAGCAGGGAACCUUUGUCGGUGCACUGGAUACCGGCCCAUUGCUGAUGCCUGCAAGAGUUUUGCUGCUGAUGUUGAUAUAGAGGAUUUGGGGUUCAAUUCCUUUUGGGAAAAGGGAGAUUCCAAGGAAACGAAAGUAAGUAAGUUACCUCCCUAUGAUCCAACCAAGAAUUUUAGUACAUAUCCCGAGUUCUUGAAAAUUGAAUCUGCCACGAAUUUGGACUCCUCAAGGUACCUUUGGUACAGUCCUGUUUCCAUUGAGGAGCUACGGAACCUGUUGAACUCCGAUAUAACAAAAAAUGGUGCAAGCUUUAAAUUUGUCGUUGGUAAUACCGGCACUGGUUAUUAUAAGGAAACCCAGCGAUAUUAUCAUUAUGUUGAUCUCAGGUACGUUCCUGAACUCUCAAUCAUCAAAAGAGCUCAGGCUGGCAUUGAAGUUGGAGCUACUGUGACUAUCUCUAAAAUUAUUUCAUUUUUGAAAGAGGAAAACGAAGUCAGUUUGGGUUCAUACGAGAGAUUGGUCUCCCAAAAGCUGGCUAACCACAUGGAGAAGAUUGCUUCACCAUUUGUUAGGAACUCCGCUAGCGUGGGAGGAAAUUUGGUUAUGGCACAGAAGAAUGGUUUUCCUUCGGAUAUCUCUACAUUAUUUCUGGGGCUUUCUGCUAUCGUUAGCUUGAUGACCAGUCGUGGACUUGAAAUGAUCACGUGGGAGGAGCUAUUAUCCAGACCACAACUAGACUCAAGGACUGUGCUUCUAAGUGUUCGCAUCCCAUUUAAGAAAGAUCAAAGUUCUCUGCAAACUCCUUCUAAAUUUUUGUUUGAAACCUAUCGAGCUGCUCCACGACCUAAUGGGAAUGCUUUGGCAUAUGUAAAUGCUGCUUUCCAGGCUGAUAUUUCUCUCUGUCAGAUUGGCAUCCAGAUAAACAAUAUCCAGCUGGCGUUCGGGGCUUAUGGCACAAAACAUGCAACAAGGGCUAAGAGGGUGGAGGAAUAUCUAACCGGAAAGAUAUUAAAUGUACAACUUUUAUAUGAAGCACUUAAAUUAGUCAAACUAGCGGUGCUACCGGAAGAUGGCACUUCACACCCCGAGUACAGAUCAAGUUUGGCCGUCAGUUACGUCUUCGAAUUUCUUUAUCCAUUCACUGAUGUUCAUUCUGCUAUAUCUGAUGGUUUACUUAAUGAAAUUAGUGACAUCUCGGUUGAGGAACAUUUCAAAAGUAGCAAUGAUGGUUGCAUUAGUCAGGGGAGAGAAAAGACUCUACUGUCCUCUGCUGAGCAGGUCGUGGAAGCAAGCACCGAGUACUAUCCAGUAGGUGAACCUAUGAAGAAGGUUGGAGCUUCCAUGCAAGUGGCUG